AUUAUGAACAAUCUGAGUAUGAGUCAAUUAUUUUAUAGACGUGGAUCUCAAAUCACCGAAAUUGGAUUUGAAAUUUUUAAAUAACUUUUUAAGGACUUUCAGGGGCAUAAAUUAAGUUUAGGUAAAGCGGUUUUUGUUUCUUUUUCGGCUUCAUAAAUAUCUACCUUGAUGGCCUGCAUCAAGGACAAAGAAUGGAAAGCAUACAAAUGCAAAUACAACAAAGAUUACGACUCAGAAGAAGACAACGAACGUCGCGAAAUCUAUGCUCGAAAUAAAAAGCUAAUGAAAAUACAUAACCAACGGUACGAGGAUGGCAAAGAGAAAUGCAGGAGAGUUGCAAAUGAGCUCACAGAUAUGGCAGCAUAUGAUGAUCCCCGUUCUCUCAGAAGAGGCGAAAGGGGCGGGAGAGACGCAAUUGGCGGAAGAGGUGGAAGGGGUUCAAGAGGACGAACAGACGAUAGGCAUAGAGAUCGCGUAGACCCGUAUAGAGAGAAACCAAGAAAAAGAGGCGAAGAUCGGAAGGGGCGCAAACACGAUCCUUGGGAACUAUCGACAGAUCAAGACUAUACCUCAGAAUAUGACUCUGACUACAACUCUGACCACAACUCUGACUAUGACUCCGACUGGGGUAGACCCAGGCACAAGGGUAAAGGUAGUCCUGCUGGCAAGGGAAGAGACGCCUUCCCAGACAGGUACAAAAGCAAAUCUGGCACCAAAGGGGACAGAUAUUGCAGAUAACUGCAAGUUGAAAAGGAAACAAAAAUCACUAAGAAAAUAAGCCAGACCCGAUUUGCCCCUGAAAAAUAUAUAUUUAAUCUACCUAUUUGAUGCAAUAAAAUUUAUUUAAAUUUUGA